UCCCCCUCUUUAUUUGUCUUGUGGGCGUGCUCCUCCACUGGGGGAGGCGGAGGCUGCUGCUGUGCAGCUGAGGCAGUGGCUCUCCUCUGCGCCCCAGCCAUCAGGCUUUGCACCUUGGACGGAGGAUACGGGGACUGCCAAAUAGUAUGUUUCUGAAACCUAAGCCUGACAAAUUACAACUCAUCUGCUCGAAACUCAUCGAUGUCUUGCCACAGCCUAAAGGAUCAAGUUCACGCUCCUUAGAAAGUGAUAAAAAGUUUGAGGCUCCAGAGGAAAGGGUUCCACAUACUUAUUUUCAGAGAAGAGAGAGGGAAGAGCUUCAAAUCUUCAUCAUUCCACUCUGCAGCCAGUACUGGGAAGAAGAGCCCAAGCGAUGCACUAUAUGUAUUGAGCUUCUGAAGGAGAGAGAAGCAAAUGGCCUUACUGGGGCUGAUGAAAGAGAAGGAAAUGAGACAUUGGGGGUUCUGAGAGAUUUUUGCCUGAGAAGCUGAAUAUUCCAUGAAUAUUUUCCUCCCUCUCCGAAAGCUAGCUUCACUCCAGGUAGAGCUCAGUCUCUGAACUGACAUUAAUCCCAAGUAGGACCUAAAUAAUCACUGGACUUUCUAGCAAUGGAAUGGCCAUGGUAACUGGAUAUGCAUUUGAAGCUAGGCCACUAAUAGGUCCUGUUCUUGUUUUGCAGCUAAAGGAGAAUGCAGGACUUGACAUGGGAGAACCACAGCUCUGUGUCUGAGUUCAUCCUUCUGGGCUUCUCUGGGGAUUCCCAAAUUAAUGCAAUCCUCUUCACCAUUUUCCUUUUCCUCUACCUCUCAACACUUGUGGGCAAUGGGCUCAUUGUCACCCUGAUCCACCUGGACUCCCGCCUCCACACACCCAUGUACUUCUUCCUCAGUGUCCUUUCCAUGCUGGACAUGAGCUAUGUCACCACCACUGUUCCCCAGAUGUUGGUGCAUCUGGUCUGCCAAAAGAAAACAAUCUCCUAUGUUAGGUGUGUGGCCCAAAUGUUCAUCUUUCUGGUGUUGGGCAUCACUGAGGGCUGGUUGUUCUCUGUCAUGGCUUAUGAUAGAUAUGUGGCCAUCUGCUACCCACUCAGAUACAAGGUUAUCAUGAGCGCAUGGCUGUGUGGGGCAAUGGUAGUCUUUUGUGGACUGUGGGGUGUCAGCUGUUCCCUAGUCUACACUGUCUUUACAAUGCGCCUGCCCUAUUGUGGCCCCAGUGAGAUCAACCACUUUUUCUGUGAGGUCCCUGCUGUCCUGAAGCUGGCCUGUGCAGACACAUCCCUCAAUGACCAAGUAGAUUUCAUCCUGGGCUUCAUCCUUCUCCUGGUACCUCUUUCCUUUAUUCUCGCCUCUUACAUUCGCAUCUUUGCCACCAUCUUGAGAAUCCGCUCUGCCCAUGGUCGACUCAAGGCCUUCUCCACCUGUGCAUCCCACAUCACCGUGGUCACCAUGUUCUGUGGACCCGCCAUGUUUAUGUACAUGAACCCUGGGGCCAAUGCCUCCCCAGAGCGGGACAAGAAACUGGCUUUGUUCUACAAUGUCAUCUCUGCCUUUCUCAACCCCAUAAUCUACAGCCUCAGAAACAAAGAUGUGAAAAGGGCUUUCCUCAAAGUAACGGGCUGGGGCAGGGCCCCUGAAUAACACCACUGAAGCAAAGAGAGCCACAGCCAGACCUGAAGCCACAGGGUCUGUGGAUCUUUUACCCUAUUCUUUCCCAUCACGCAAUAAACAGGCACAAAUCGUCAGCUGAUGGUUAAGGGAGAUGAUGUAUGGAUGUAGUUACCUAGUGUAGACUUGCUGAUGGAUCCAGCAGAUGGCCUAUUCUCCAACAUCAACAGACACAGCUGUGGACAGAGUGCCAAGUAGGACAUGUGUCUGAUUAAUUUUUGUUUCCCCAGACCCCAGCCAAGGGUCUGGCACAAACAAAGCAACAUUAACAUUUGCUGAUUGAGUGACUGAGUGCAUGAAGAUUGGACACAUUAAAUCAACUCAGGAUGGCUGGGACAAGAUGACUCACAGGACUACAGAUCAGUGACCUUACUUUAACUCAGUCGAAAGCAUGAACAGGUCUAAAGAAACAUAGUCUUAGGAGAGUGGAAAGUGACCUUAGGAAUAGGGUUCAUGGAUAGGUCAUUUUCCAUUCAGCACUGUCCAGGGGAGUGUUGGUCCCAGGGUACAGGCUCUAUCUGGUCCCUGGAGAGGUGAGCUCCUGCUGCAGUGAAGAGGUGUUUUGAGGGGUCUCUCAAUACACAGAUAAAACAACACCCAAGCCAUAUUGUAGUGGUUAAGAGCUCAU